UUUUUUUGAGAAGCAUUAGCUUUCUAAUAUAAUGUUAUUGAUUAGAAGAAAAAACAUCAGGUGAUUGCAUGCACAAAAUGUGGGUGACUGGUGACUGAUUCUGAUGUGCAAAAAAAGUCACCACAAAUCGAUAACCGAUCGGAUUGCUUCGGUUUACUCAUUCAAGAAACAUAACAGUGAAGCAGCGGCGGCCAACAUGGCCACGCUGAUCGUAAAAUCAGCUGACAAUCCCCAAAAUAACGGAUCGCCAGUGCAACACAAUGGUAGGGCUUGUGAUGAAACAGACCUUGCUGCCACUAGACGGUUGAUUCCGUCGCAAGAGAUGGCUAAAAACCGCAAAGUUCAUUGGUUGUGGGACGCUUUCGCCUUAGGUUCCAUUCUGACUUUCCUAGCGGACAUAGGGUCAGAUCUCGUUGUAGCGGCCUUGUAUUACCAAAAGGGAGAAUAUGAGUGGUUUGGAGUCACUCUAGGGUUCGUUGUGUUUUCGUCCAUCGCAUUGCAGAUAUUUUCAGCCAAAUGGUUUCGCGAUGAUCGUGAUACAAAAUGGGGGAUGUACGUUUUGCAUUUCUUACAUAUCGGGCCGAUUUUAAGGUAUUGGAAUGUAUUUCGUACUGGCUGGCGCACACGCAGAUCAACAGCGUCUUCUUCUGAGUACCACAGCUUUCUUUCCCAGUGGCGAGACAUUUGCAUGUUGCGACUUUUGGAGGCAUACCUUGAAUCUGCUCCACAGUUGGUUCUCCAGCUUUAUAUCUUAUCAUACAGAAGGCGCUUUGACAUGAACUCAGACCUGAUAACUGCUAUUGCAGCAGCAUGUUCUCUGGUUUCGCUAGCCUGGGCAAUCGUCGCUUACCAGAAGUCUCUCCGUGAUGUAUUCUGUGACAAUGUGUCCUGGACUGGUUUCUUCUUACAAGUAAUGUGGAGACUGUUCAUGGUGGCUUCGCGUGUGGUUGCCAUGGUACUGUUUGCCUCCUAUUUCAACUUAUGGCUAGGAGUAGCCAUUGCUCUUCAUUGGCUCCUGAUGUUUAUUUUUCUUGUGACUCAGUCAACCAAGUUCUGCAUGGACAAUGAUGGUCGAGACCAUCCCUUGAGGGAAAUGUUAUUUGAUGGUACAAUUGCAUUUAUCUAUAUCUUUUCUUUCUUUAACAUAACAGAAGGGAUGACUAGAAUCCGUGUAGGGAUAUUUUACUCCCUUAUGUUCAUAGAGAACUCUGUUUUUGUGUUGCUAUGGUAUCCCCACAGAUCGCUGUUUGGUGAUGUUGCCAUAGCAGCAAUAACCAUAGUUAUAGGUGGCUUCUUUCUUGGACUACUCUCAAUGUUUAUGUAUUACCAUUUCUACCACCCCAACAUCCAAGAACAAGGAAUGUGCUUCAAAAGAAAGACUGGCUUUAAUGCAGUAGGUAAUUAUUCCUUCUCAAAUAUUUGGUGUUGUUGUUGCGAACUCAGAGCUAUCCGACACAGAGAAACUAACCGAUUGAGUACUGCUUGUGUAUGCCAUAAACCAAAGUGUGACUGCCUCAGAACUCAACCUGCUCCUGAACCUAUGCUUAUGGACAUGGAUAUGAUGCCAAGGUCACAAUCGAUUCUCUCCCUGCCCCCACAGCUUGUCAAUCCUGGUCAGGCUGCAUACUUACGUCGGGAGGGACGUCACGAAGUGAUCCCAGACCCCAUACCUAUGCAUGCCCUUUCACCGACGCCUUCUGAUUGGGUUUAAUUUGAUGGCCUUAUUCAUGCUGGUACAAUGAUGUAAUGAAUACUAUCAGGCGUGUGUCCAGAGGGGGUGUCCAAGAUGGUAAUCACUUAAAACAUUUGACGGUUCACAAAUUUGUUGAUUAAUCUUCAGUGUAUAUUCAGAUAGACAAAGUAUUUAGAUAAAUCUUAAGAUUAAUUAUCAGAGCUAAAGGAUGCCAUUUGAGCAUAAAAGUUCCUCUAUGUAAGAUUUACUGCCCUGGACCCCACCCCGCAUUUUUUUUUCUAGACAUGCCCCUGACAUUACAAUAAGUAUACAAUAUAAGAGAAACAAAUUCUACUUGUUCAAAAAUUUCCCAAAUAUUUGAAGUAAAAACUAAGCAAGAUUAUUCUUAGCAGAUGAUAAACCAACAAUGACGCUCUUGAUUUUUUAGUGAGUUAUGUAUUCAAUCUUUAUUAUUCUUAAUAAGUUUUUGUACAAGUGUGAAUGCAAAAAUAGGAUAUUUUUAAUACCAAACAUUCUCAAGUAUCUUACAAGGAGAUAAAUAAUGUAUCUCUUUUGAUAAUGGUCAUUAUUUCUCUAAUGGUAACAGUUUUAUUGGUUAGUGUAAUUUAUUGAAUUAUUUAUUGAAAUGAAUUUUCUUAUUUAACGAAAUCUUAAUAAAAUAUGUGCGAUUGUGUA